CUCUUAUCGUUCUAAGCAGCCCGACAUACUCUAGCUUCCCACUCUAACAACCAGACCAUGAUCUUUGAAACUUUAUGAUGAUCUGUAGUCUCAUCUAGAUCAGGACCCAGUGCCGCUUUUCGAAGUCACACCCACAGCACCAUCACCGAACAAACAACGAGCAAUGGCGCCCCAUGCAACUGAAACGACAAGUCCGCCAUCUGUCGGUAACGAGUACAACACUACCACCGACGUCGUUGUGCUCGCCUCUUCCCGCGCAGUUGUCGAAGACUGCCUCGGUCCAGCUACUAUCGUAGUCUCACCGUCAACUGGACGCAUAACCUCCCUCUUCCACUCCGUGCUACCUCCCACGUCCUUCCCGCCUGGCACACCUUACAUUGACUACAGCCCUAACGUCCUCCUUCCAGGCCUCGUGGACGCACACGUGCACCUUAACGAGCCGGGACGCACAGAAUGGGAAGGCUUCUGGACCGGCACACGAGCCGCUGCAUUCGGUGGUGUCACUACGGUAGUAGACAUGCCGCUGAAUGCAAUACCACCUACUACCACCGUUCAAGGGCUCGAGGAGAAGGUGGCUGCGGCACAAGGACAAUGCUGGGUUGAUGUUGGAUUCUACGGCGGUAUAGUGCCAGGCAAUGUUGCAGAGCUCAAGCCACUGGUACAAGGCGGUGUACGCGGUUUCAAAGGCUUUCUGAUCGAUAGUGGCGUCGAAGAGUUUCCUGCAGUAUCAUCACAAGACAUUGCCGCCGUUUUCGAAGAACUAGCGGACGAGCCUACAACGGUUAUGUUCCACGCUGAAAUGAUACCGCCUAUCACAGCUUCAGUCGGAGACGAUGUACAGUGGUCAUUACCGCCUCUCGAACCGAGCGGUCCAUUAGAUCGAUACCAAACUUUUCUUGAUUCGCGGCCUGUGUCCUUUGAGACUUACGCCAUCUCGGAGAUAUUGAGUUUAGCGCACCUAGCACCCAAACUACUGCUCCACAUCGUACAUCUAUCAGCGAUUGAAGCGAUACCACUCCUGCGCGAAGCACGUCAUAACGGCAUUAAGAUCACAGCAGAAACGUGCUUCCAUUACCUCUCCUUGGCUGCCGAGCAGAUACAGGAAGGCGACACUAGGCAUAAAUGCUGUCCGCCAAUUCGGGAACAGGCGAACCAAGACGGCUUAUGGGCGGAGAUGCUGGAUAUUGAAGACAGCGUGAUAAGGACAGUAGUCUCGGACCACUCGCCAUGUACGCCGAACCUCAAGCUGCUACCGUCACAUAUACCGGGAUCACGAAUUGACAAGCCAGCUGCUACUUGCUGCGCGACGGCAAGUCAAGGCGACUUCUUCACUGCCUGGGGCGGUAUCUCCUCAGUCGGACUCGGCAUUAGCAUUCUCUGGACCGAAGCCAUGAGGCGGUCAUUAGAUGUGGACGACACCUUACUGAAUGUGGCGAGGUGGUGCUGUGCCAACACGGCAUUGCAAAUCGGUCUUGAGCACCGGAAGGGCAUGCUCAAGGUCGGCAUGGAUGCAGAUAUAGCAGUCUUCGAUCCGCAGGCAGAGUUCGAUGUUGGCACGGAAGCGAUGCUCUUCCGUAACAAGUGCUCGCCAUACCAAGGUCGCCGACUGCGCGGUGUGGUGCAGGAGACGUGGCUGCGGGGGAGGAAGGUCCAUAGCAGAGAGGGUGGGUUUGUGGAGAAAGUUGGACCUACAGGCGAGCUGUUGUUGGAGCCUCGAACAGUAUAACACACCGCUCGUUACAAAUACUAUGCGGACUGACUAGUCCUUCCGGUCAUUGCUGGUAGCUUACCGCAUAUUAAGGUUGCUGGUUAG